UCCUGCGGGACAUGGAGGCGGCGGGCGCGGCGCUGUCCGCGGCGUGGAGCUCCGUCAGCGCCGCUUUGGUGCCGCCCGCCGCGCUGGGGCUGGCAGCAGCACGGUGUGACCCGCUGUGCCCACUGCAGGAUGCUGAGCUGCGUGCUGCCCUGGAGGUGCUGCGCUGCUAUGGGCUGCACGCUGCGGUGGAGGAGUGGUUCCUGGAGGUGCUGCAGACCGACCUGCAGGCCCACAUCGCUCCCGAGUUCUGGAACUGCAUCGGCCAAUAUGAGAACACGGCGGAAGAGCAGCAGUGCUCCGCGCUCCUCCUGGAUGCGUUUUGUCUUCUCAAGUGCCGCCUGGAGCCCUACCUGAGCAGCAUGGAGCUCCUGGAGGGUUGGACCAAGGCGGGCCUCCUCCUGGGGACGGGCGCUCAGACGCUGCGGGAGAAGGUGUACACCAUGUUCAAAGCCAUCCUUUUCUUCUCCACCACCAAGCCCUUCCAGGAGAUGAUCCAGCAGUUCUACAGCCGCACCUUCCGGAUAUACAUGAGGCAGUGGAGGAAGGGAGAAGAAGGAAUGAACGAGUGUGAGAGCAGCAUGAGCGAGGCUGAGCAGGAGAGCGACACGGAGGAGAGCGGAGGGGAGAGCACUGCGUGUGCGGGCUGUGGCAGCAGGAGGGAGCAGUGCUGGUGUCCCACGGCCAUGGAGCGGUUCCGGCAGCUCAAUGACAUUCUCCGCCGGCUGAAUUUGCUGGAGAGAGUGAGUGCUGAUGCUGUGACCACCAUCCUGCACAGGAUGAUCAAGGAGAGGAUGGAGCGACGAUGCCGGGGUGAAUAUGAGCACUCCUUCCUGAAUGAGUUCCAGGAGUGGAUCGAGAAGGUGCUCGGCUGGCUCAGCAGAGUGUUUCUGCAGGAUGGCCCCUUGGCUCACCCCUCUGCAGAAGCCAGCAGCACCCUGAAGCGCUGGCGGUGCCACGUCCAGAGGUUCUUCUACCGCAUCUACGCCAGCAUGCUGAUUGAAGAGCUGUUCAGCAUUAUUCGAGAUUUCCCAGAAUCAAAGCCUGCUGUGGAGGACCUCAAGUUCUGCCUGGAAAGGACAAACCUGAGGCAGCAGCUGCUCAGCUCCCUGAAAAGCGCCCUGGAAAUACGACUUCUGCAUCCCGGUGUCAACACAUCCGACAUCAUCACUCUGUAUAUCUCGGCCAUCAAGGCCCUGCGGGAGCUGGACCCCUCCAUGGUUAUCCUGGAGGUUGCCUGUGAGCCCAUCAGGAAGUAUCUGAGGACACGGGAGGACACCGUGCGGCAGAUUGUGGCCGGUCUCACGGGGGAUGCUGAGGGCUCCGGAGAUCUGGCAAAUGAGCUCUCAAAAGCUGACCCAGUGACACUGGAGAACGGGCAGGAGAGUGAUGAUGACAUCUCAGAACCAGGGGACUGGGUCCCUGACCCAGUUGAUGCAGAUCCAGGGAAAUCAAGUUCCAAGCGCCGAUCCUCAGACAUCAUCAGCCUGCUGGUGAGCAUCUAUGGCAGCAAGGAUCUGUUUAUCAACGAGUACCGCACGCUCCUGGCCGACCGACUGCUGCAUCAGUUCAACUACAGUGCGGAGAGGGAAAUCCGCAACGUGGAGCUGCUCAAGCUGCGGUUUGGCGAAGCUCAGAUGCACUAUUGUGAAGUCAUGUUAAAAGACAUGGCUGACUCACGGCGCAUUAACGCCAACAUUCGUGAUGAGGAAGAAAAGCUCCCGGAGGAGGAGAGGCCACCAUUCAGCCUUGUGGCUGUUAUCCUGUCCAGUGAGUUCUGGCCACCGCUGAAGGAGGAGAAGCUGGAGCUUCCAGAGCAGGUCAAGGAAGCCAUGGAAGCCUAUUCCAAGAAGUACGAGAAAUUGAAGGCCAUGAGGACCCUGAACUGGAAGUACCACCUGGGGCUGGUGAGCCUGGAUGUGGAGCUGGCCGACCGCACGCUCUCCCUGUCCGUCUCCCCUGUGCAUGCUGCCAUCAUCCUGCACUUCCAGACCAAGAGUACGUGGACGCUGGCGGAGCUGAGCGAGGUGCUCAAGGUGCCCGUGACGUCUCUGAAGCGGAAGAUGACGCUGUGGCUGCAGCAGGGAGUGCUGCGAGAGGAGCCGCCCGGCACCUUCACUGUCAUCGAGGAGGAGCAGAAGGACCAGGGGGAGAAGGUCGUCCUGAUAGACAGCGACGAGGAGGGGGAUUCUGCCAUGGCCUCGCAGGCUGACCAGAAAGAGGAAGAGCUGCAGCUGUUCUGGACCUACAUCCAGGCGAUGCUGACCAACUUGGAGAGCCUGUCUUUAGAGAGGAUCCACAGCAUGCUGAAGAUGUUUGUGAUGACGGGCCCUGUGGUCACAGAGAUCGACAUACAGGAGCUGCAGGGCUUCCUGCAGAAGAAGGUCCGGGACCAGCAGCUCAUCUACUCCGGAGGCGUCUAUCGCCUGCCCAAGAACUGCAACUAGGCUGUGAGUGCCUGGUGCUGCCCAGCUCUGUGCAUCCUGCUGGGUAGGCUCUGUGCUGGGGGUGGGUGCUGUGCCCCCUCCCAACAGGAGGCACCUGGGAAGUCAGCUCAGCAACAGUGUGGGCUGUGCAGCCCUCAGAACGGCUGGGCUGGAGCUGCUGCCCACGUUACCUUCCUCUCAUAAAUGAGUGUCUGAUCCCCGUCAGUGGUCAAUAAAAACCCAGCAGUGGUCUCUGGGUUGGUGCCAGCACUUUUCUCUCCUCUCAGCGGUGCUUUCUGCAACACUUCCCCAUGCUGAAGCUCUGCAGUCAGCCGGGCACCGCCGCAGCUGUGGGAGGUUUGGAGGGAACUGUUGGCUGUGUCUCCUCGUGUCAAAACAAACGUGGUGUCUGUGCUGUCUCCUGUGGUUCCAGGGAGACCCCAGGGUCCCCUAAACCUUGCUCAGGACUUUAAAGACGGGUGGAAUAGUUUUACUGUGGGAUGAGGAAUGCUGUAGAGGAUGAGAUAGAGCAGUUUGCCAGGGUGAGCUGGUUAGUCCUGGGGGCAUGUGAGGACUGUCCAGGCACUGGCAGUGCUGCUUUACCACAGCAUGAAUACUCCUCUCCCUUUAGAACCCACUGAUAUGGGGACAAAUUCACUUUCUCCUCUGCGUCCUUGGUGUGUUUCAGGGUUACAGCCUUGUCUGUCAGUGCAUAAGAGAUCCUAAGCCCAGCCCUGUGGGGAUCCUGAGUGCUGCUGUGGGCUUAUCUCCCUCAUGCAUGUUUGCAGCUCUUCCCCCAGGGGUGGGAGCACGUGUUGUUGUUUCCCUGCAGGCCUUCCUCCAGGCUGCUGGCCUUGCAGUGCUAGGAACUGGGUGCUGUGUUUUGCUGUUCAGACGUUCCUGGUGCUGUAGGGAAUGAAUCAGACUCACAGACCCCCAUGGUCAGCCUUCACUGGGGAUUUCCCUCCAUCCCAGAAGGGAACAAAUGUCCUCCUGUCAUUCUGCUGGAGCAGGUUGGGGGGGAAUAACAUUUGGCAAUUGGAAGUGAUGCCUGGGGAGCCUCUGUGCUGCCCUUCCUGUGAGGGCAAAUCCCCCUUGGGGAUCCCUGGACCCACUGCAGGUGGUGAUGUUGGGGACCUGGGGUGGGUGAAGCAGUGGGUUGGUGGUCCCAGGGGUGAUGUGGGGAGGGCACUUUCGGUCAGUGUGACUGCAUGGUGCACAUGGCUGUGCUUGGGGUGUGCACACAGUGCUGCAGAAGCCCUGAGCAGGGUGGAAAAUUUGGGUUUUAGGGCAAAUGUGCAGGACGUUGCUCCAGGCACAGAUAAACGGUGGCAAGUCCUAAACAGCAGCAGGCAGGGGAGGAAAUCCAAACUGAACACACCAGGAGCAAUGUGGAUCCCACCAGACCCUGGUAGGAUUGCAAUGGACUCAUCAUUUGGGGCUGGACAGGGUGGAGUACACAGCAUUGGCCCCACUGUUGCUGUGCCAUGGCUUGGGACAUCCCUGCAAGCUGCACCCAGGACCCACAUGAUGAGGACUCAGAGACAAAAGCCUGUGGAACCCCCAGCUCUGCUCUGCCUCUUGCUCUGUGCUGCUGGAGCAGCUCCUGUGGGGUUUUCCUCUCUGCUUUGGGAUAUGGGGACACUUCACUUUCUCCUCUGCAGAAACUGCAGUGUGAGCUCAGGGUUUGCUGGGUCAGAGUGGUGCUGCCUGAGGCUGCUCUGUCCCCAUCCCAGAGCCAUGGGUCCCCACAGUGUCCCCAUCCCAGAGCCAUGGGGCGGCUGUCACUGCCCAACUUUCGAAGCAUUACAGUAGCCACAACUUGGGUUUAAUGAACAUUUCAAGUCGGAUGAAACAUAAAAGGCUCAAAGCUAAUUGAAACAAGCUGGGGAAGGAAUUUUGCAGGCUGAACUGCGGAAGCUCAAAAAAAAAAAAAAAAAGAAACAAGCCAGAA